GAACUAUGUCACGUGGGUUGAUAGCUAUGCCAGCUGUCUGGUUUCAUGCAGCAAGUCGAGCAUAAACAAGAUGGCAGCACUUUUCAAAGCUAGAAAAGGUCAGUAUACAAUAAAUACACAAACUAUUGACAUGUGCUCCUUUGUCUCUCAAAUACAAAGGGAUGUUUUACUUGCUUUGUUUGUUGAUCCUUCGACAAUGAAUAGACUUAGGAAAGUCAUGUGCCGGGGUGCUAGCAAGCUUGCUACAGUACUCGGCUAGUUGCUUAUGCUAGUAUUUGGUAAUGAGCUAGCUAGUUAGCUAAAGACCAAUGCUAAGUAACGACAGCUAGCUGCAUAUCGAGUGUAUAGGUGGCUUCUUAGCUAGCUAACAACCCCCAGAAACAAUUGACAAUUUGUAUGCAUUACUAGAAUGCUGUAUUUGCAAUGGCAGUAAAUUAAACUUACUGAGUCUGGCUUUAGUUGAGCUAAUAAUAACAUUCGAGGCAUUUGAACUUGAAUGGGGUUAAGUGGGACUCCAGUCAGCUAACGUUUAGUAACCAUUGUUUACCAUUCACAGUAACCCUGUUUGUGUGGUUAUCUAUGUAAUACACAGAUUAUAGCGAAUUUAUUCGCAUUUCAAGGUGUCUGGUUUUAACGUUGUCAACCCACGUAUUUUCUCGGGCACGCACGCUCUCACUGGGACAAAGGUUACUAGCGAGAGGACGGAGGGUGACCUUAAACCUACACUGAAUAAAAAUAUAAACGCAACAUGUAAAGUGUUGGUUUCAUCAGCUGAAAUAAAAGAUCCCCAAAUUUUCCAUAAGCACAAAAAGCUUAUUUCUCUCAAAUGUUGUGUACAAAUUUGUUUCCAUCCCUGUUAGUGAGCAUUUCUCCUUUGCCAAGAUAAUCCAUCCACCUGACAGGUGUGGCAUAUCAAGAAGCUGAUUAAACAGUAUAAUCAUUACACAGGUGCACCUUGUGCUGGGGACAAUAAAAGGCCAUUCUAAAAUGUGCAGUUUUGUCACACAACACAAUAUCACAGAUGUCUCAAGUUUUGAGGGAGCGCGCAAUUGGCAUGCUGACUGCAGGAAUGUCCAACAGAGCUGUUGCCAGAAAAUGUAAUGUUCAUUUCUCUACCAUAAGCCACCUCCAAUGUCGUUUUAGAGAAUUUGGCAGUAGGUCCAACUGACCUCACAACCGCAGACCAUGUGUAUGGCGUCGUAUGGGCGAGCGGUUUGCUGAUGUCAACGUUGGGAACAGCGUGCCUCCCAUUGUGGCAGUGGGGUUAUGGUAUGGGUAGGCAUAAGCUACAAACCAUGAACACAAUUGCAUUUUAUCAAUGGCAAUUUGAAUGCACAGAGAUAACGUGAUGAGAUCCUGAGGCCCAUUGUCGUGCCAUUCAUCCGCCGCCAUCACCUCAUGUUUCAGCAUGAUAAUGCACAGCCCCAUGUCUGUACACAAUUCCUGGAAGCUGAAAAUGUCCAUUUUUCCAUGGCCUGUAUACUCACCAGACAUGAUAUCUAUUGAGCAUGUUUGGGAUGCUCUGGAUAGACGUGUACGACAGCGUGUUCCAGUUUCCGCCAAUUUCCAGCAACUUCGCACAGCCAUUGAAGAGUAGUGGAACAAUAUUCCACAGGCCACAAUCAACAGCCUGAUCAACUCUAUGCAAAUGAGAUGUGUCGCGCUGCAUGAGGCAAAUGGUGGUCACACCCCUACCUUUUUUUAAAGGUAUCUGUGACCAACAGAUGUAUAUCUGUAUUCCCAGUAAUCUGAAAUCCAUAGAUUAGGGCCUAAUACAUUUAUUUCAAUUGACUGAUUUCCUUAUAUGAGUUGUAACUCAGUAAAAUCUUUGAAAAACUGUUGCAUGCUGUGUUUAUAUUCUUGUUCAGUAUAGUUAACAGCCGACCAAUAUAAAUCGAUAUAACCAGCUAUCACGAUUAUUAUUGUGAUCAUUUACAUCUUGUUGAAUAUUUUUCACCCUUGAGGGAAUUUGUAAAGGUAAAUGACUAUUCAGUAGCAAAUUACUAAUCUUUUUAGUUUACAAGUCACAUAGCCUACCUACACCCAGGGCCUCUAUCAUCAUUAUUGGGUAAUCUUCAUGUCCAGUCUCCAACCUUUACCCCAGAGGCAGGGGGUUGUCAGUGUGGUGAGAAUUAGCUAGCCAGUUAUCUAUUGUGGAGGAGGUACUGUGUGUGUGUGUGCGUGCUAGGGACGUCACAGGGACCCGAAUGUUUUUGGGUCAGCCCCAAUUCUUUUUGCGCUGCUGCGAUGGUGUUUAUUUUUUUUGUCAACUGAAUUCGCCGCUUUGUUCAUAGAGCUGUGGUUAAGUGAAACUCCCGAAGUCAUCCAACCGUUAUAAUCAGGGGUGUAGUGCUGCCGGAGUGGAGCGAUGCUUCUCAGAAUGGUACUUUUUCGCAAGAUCACUUUAUGAUUAAUUAGUAUUCUACAUAACAACCCUAAUAUAAUAGCAUAGAUAAUGUUAGGCUACUAUUAUACCAAAAACUUAGGCUACAUCAUUCAAGAAGAUCAAAAUGUAUAUUCCCAUGAAACUGAUUGGGAUCAAAUUGUUGGCAUGCAUUCAGCAUGGAUAUUUCACCUGUAAAACGUGAAUAAUUAUCAUUCACGAUUGAGAGUGAUGAUGGCCUAAUUUAUAAUAAGGUAGGCCUAAUUUGGUAUUUUAGGAUUUAAAAAAUAGAACAACUUAAUUGAGCCACAUACAGUUGAAGUCGGAAGUUUACAUACACUUAGUUUGGAGUCAUUAAAACUUGUUUUUCAACCACUCCACAAAUGUCUUGUUAACAAACUAUAGUUUUGGCAAGUCGGUUAGGACAUCUACCUUGUGCAUGACACAAGUAAUUUUUCCAACAAUUGUUUACAGACAGAUUAUUUCACUUAUAAUUCACUGUAUCACAAUUCCAGUGGGUCAGAAGUUUACAUACACUAAGUUGACUGUGCCUUUAAACAGCUUGGAAAAUUCCAGAAAAGUAUGUAUUGGCUUUAGAAGCUUCUGAUAGGCUAAUUGACAUCAAUUGAGUCAAUUGGAGGUUUACUUGUGGAUGUAUUUCAAGGCUUACCAUUCAAACUCAGUGCCUCUUUGCUUGACAUCAUGGGAAAAUCAAAAGAAAUCAGCUAUGACCUCAGAAAAACUUUUGUAGACCUCCACAAGUCUGGUUCAUCCUUGGGAGCAAUUUCCAAAUGCCUGAAGGUACCACGUUCAUCUGUACAAACAAUAGUACACAAGUAUAAACACCAUGGAACCACACAGCCGUCAUACCGCUCAGGGAGGAGACGCGUUCUGUCUCCUAGAGAUGAAUGUACUUUGGUGCGAAAAGUGCAAAUCAAUCCCAGAACAACAGCAAAGGACCUUGUGAAGAUGCUGGAGGAAACAGGUACAAAAGUAUCUAUAUCCACAGUAAAACGAGUCCUAUAUCGACAUAACCUGAAAGGCCGCUCAGCAAGGAAGAAGCCACUGCUCCAAAACCGCCAUAAAAAGCCAGACUACGGUUUGCAACUGCACCUGGGGACAAAGAUCGUACUUUCUGGAGAAAUGUCCUCUGGUCUGAUGAAAGAAAAAUAGAACUGUUUGGCCAUAAUGACCAUCGUUAAGUUUGGAGGAAAAAGGGGGUUGUUUGCAAGCCGAAGAACACCAUCCCAACCGUGAAGCACAGGAGGUGGCAGCAUCAUGCUGUGGGGGUGCUUUGCUGCAGGAGGGACUGGUGCACUUCACAAAAUAGAUGGCAUCAUGAGGAAGGAAAAUUAUGUGGAUAUAUUGAAGCAACAUCUCAAGACAUCAGUCAGGAAGUGGACAAUGACCCCAAGCAUACUUCCAAAGUUGUGGCAAAAUGGCUGAAGGACAACAAAGUCAUGGUAUUGGAGUGGCCAUCACAAAGCCCUGACCUCAAUCCUAUAGAAAAUUUGUGGGCAGAACUGAAAAAGCAUGUGCGAGCAAGGAGGCCUACAAACCUGACUCAGUUACACCAGCUCUAUCAGGAGGAAUGGGCCAAAAUUCACCCAACUUAUUGUGGGAAGCUUGUGGAAGGCUAACUGAAACGUUUGACCCAAGUUAAACAAUUUAAAGGCAAUGCUACCAAAUACUAAUUGAGUGUAUAUAAACUUCUGACCCACUGUGAAUGUGAUUUAAAUAAAUAAAAGCUGAAAUAAAUCCUUCUCUCUACUAUUUUUCUGACAUUUCACAUUCUUAAAAUAAAGUGGUGAUCCUAACUGACAGGGAAUAUUUACUAUGAUUAAAUGUCAGGAAUUGUGAAAAACUGAGAUUAAAUGUAUUUGGCUAAGGUGUAUGUAAACCUCCGACUUCAACUGUAUAUUUAAGUUUUUUAUUUUUAAUACAUUUGCAAAAAUGUCUAAACCAGUUUUUGCUUUGUCAUUAUGGGGUAUUGUGUGUAGAUUGAGGAAACAAAUUAAUUGAAUCCAUUUUAGAAUAAGGCUGUAACGUAACAAAAUGUGGAAAAAAUGUGGUUCUCUGUAGCUCAGCUGGUAGAGCACGGCACUUGUAACGCCAAGGUAGUGGGUUCGAUCCCCGGGACCACCCAUACACAAAAAUGUAUGCACGCAUGACUGUAAGUCGCUUUGGAUAAAAGCGUCUGCUAAUUGGCAUAUUAUUAUUAUUAUUAUUAUUAUUAUUAUUAUUAUUAUUAUUAUUAUAAAAAGGGAAGUGGUCUGAAUACUUCCCGAAUGCACUCUAGCGCUAGUGAACAGCAAACCUGGUUUCAAAAAACAAAUAAAGCAACACCUCACGGCACAACGCCUCUCCCCAUGUGACCUACUUGUUGUGUGUAUGUACUGACAUGUACUGUAUGUGUAACUGAUAGAUGUACACGCACACAUUACAUAUUUAAUAUUUUUAAAUGUAUGUAAACUGUAAAGUAUUUUGUCUGUAAUGUAUUUUUCGUUAUAUGUCGGACCCCAGUAAGACUAACUGUGGCCGUCGGCUAAUAGGGAUCCUAAUAAAUCAAAUUGUAGUCCUAAGAUCUCUGUAUCCACUCUUUUCAUUGGCCUAUGCUAUUGGUUACAUUUAAGACAUGGGUUGUUCGUUUUAUUGAUCUCUGUAUGUCAAUGUCAGAGUAACUUUUAAUUUAGGUAAUUUGUGUGGUAUGUAAAAAUAUACACUGCUCAAAAAAAUAAAGGGAACACUAAAAUAACACAUCCUAGAUCUGAAUGAAUGAAAUAAUCUUAUUAAAUACUUUUUUCUUUACAUAGUUGAAUGUGCUGACAACAAAAUCACACAAAAAUUAUCAAUAGAAAUCAAAUGUAUCAACCCAUGGAGGUCUGGAUUUGGAGUCGCCCUCAAAAUUAAAGUGGAAAACCACACUACAGGCUGAUCCAACUUUGAUGUAAUGUCCUUAAAACAAGUCAAAAUGAGGCUCAGUAGUGUGUGUGGCCUCCACGUGCCUGUAUGACCUCCCUACAACGCCUGGGCAUGCUCCUGAUGAGGUGGCGGUGGUCUCCUGAGGGAUCUCCUCCCAGACCUGGACUAAAGCAUCCGCCAACUCCUGGACAGUCUGUGGUGCAACGUGGCGUUGGUGGAUGGAGCGAGACAUGAUGGCCCAGAUGUGCUCAAUUGGAUUCAGGUCUGGGGAACGGGCGGGCCAGUCCAUAGCAUCAAUGCCUUCCUCUUGCAGGAACUGCUGACGCACUCCAGCCACAUGAGGUCUAGCAUUGUCUUGCAUUAGGAGGAACCCAGGGCCAACCGCACCAGCAUAUGGUCUCACAAGGGGUCUGAGGAUCUCAUCUCGGUACCUAAUGGCAGUCAGGCUACCUCUGGCGAGCACAUGGAGGGCUGUGCGGCCCCCCCAAAGAAAUGCCACCCCACACCAUGACUGAUCCACCGCCAAACCGGUCAUGCUGGAGGAUGUUGCAGGCAGCAGAACGUUCUCCACGGAUCUCCAGACUCUGUCACGUCUGUCACAUGUGCUCAGUGUGAACCUGCUUUCAUCUGUGAAGAGCACAGGGCGCCAGUGGCUAAUUUGCCAAUCUUGGUGUUCUCUGGCAAAUGCCAAACGUCCUGCACGGUGUUGGGCUGUAAGCACAACUCCCACCUGUGGACGGCGGGCCCUCAUACCACCCUCAUGGAGUCUGUUUCUGACCGUUUGAGCAGACACAUGCACAUUUGUGGCCUGCUGGAGGUCAUUUUGCAGGGCUCUGGCAGUGCUCCUCCUGCUCCUCCUUGCACAAAGGCGGAGGUAGCAGUCCUGCUGCUGGGUUGUUGCCCUCCUACGGCCUCCUCCACGUCUCCUGAUGUACUUGCCUGUCUCCUGGUAGCGCCUCCAUGCUCUGGACACUACGCUGACAGACACAGCAAACCUUCUUGCCACAGCUCGCAUUGAUGUGCCAUCCUGGAUGAGCUGCACUACCUGAGCCACUUGUGUGGGUUGUAGACUCCGUCUCAUCCUACCACUAGAGUGAAAGCACCGCCAGCCAAUUUUUUUCUCGGACCCGCAAACCCCUAAGACCCUGUUCUUCAGGACUGAUCCCCGAAUGGUAUGAAACUCUGGCGACGGCCCUGGUGUGUGUGUGUUUUGUGUUGGGUCUAUUUACAAUCAUUGGUUGCCACACAGGGUCGACCUGGGCAGUUGUAUUCAUGUAACACUGAUAACACUGUCUAACAAUAGAGUUAUGAUGUUGUGAAACAUGCUAGACAUGAGCAGCUCUUAAAAUACUAAAGCCUCUCUCUCUCUCACUCUCUCUCCCCCCCCCCCCCCCCCCCCCCCCCCCCAUUUUCCAGCCCUGGGCAUUUGUGUCAGUGGCUGUAGGUCUCUGUCCUCGCUAGCUGAGCUACCAGAGAUGCACCAAAUGAUGAGACAAACCUGUAGAGACUACGCAGACCGAGAGCUGGCUCCUAUUGCUGGCAAACUAGACAAGGAACACCUCUUCCCCGCCCAACAGGUACAGACACACAUGUACUAGUGAUGCGCGGUUAACUCAUAACCCGCAGUCCCCCGCGGUUAGGGAUGGACAUGAGUUGGAUGUCAAAACUCUAUCUUUGACCAGAGAUAAAAAAAGAAAUAAUAAUCAAAUCAAAUUCUGUAAAAGUACUUGGUGGAAUGUGCUUUGUGGCUUGUCGGACAACGUUCAUUUGCUUUGACUCUAGUGUUCCAUUUGUACAUGUGCAUUUGCAGGGCACAACAAAAAAGAAACCAAGACAAGCAUCACACAGUUCUUCUCCCUAAAUUCCCUUUCCCCUCCAUAUCUCUCGUACUCAAUUGCGUUCCGACCGCUCCCUCUACACACGCGUGCUGAGUUCGCACACGAGCUCCUGUUGGCCUACAGAAAUGCCUAGAAAAACGGUGGACAUAAAAAAUGCCUCUAACUGAUGGGAUACACAAUCUACACUCCUUGCCAAAUGACGACAGUUUUAUCACAAAUUCACAAUGGACUGGUUGAUUGAAGUAGGUAAAUAUGUGUUCCAACAAUGAGCUGCAGUUUUGGAAUAAUUUCAUCCCGUCGAUUUUCCGCUUUGGCUACUUUGCGAACUGCUUGUGCCAUUUAAAUUUGGUUAGCCCAGGCUUUAACCCCCGUAAACAUAGACAGGUUCCACACCUGAAAAUAUGCAAAAACAUUUGUUUGAUAAAGACAAAGAGCAUAUUUUCAUCAGAAUCAUUAAGUUUAGGCCUACUCACCAAACAGAUGUCGUCGCCGUAAUUCAUCACCAUGCAGUGUUCAAUGGGGAAUUGUUAAUCCGUUUAGAAAAUUCCAAAGAACAGGCAGAAUAAACUAAAUCGAACUUCUGUAGGCCUAUAUCGAAAAGAAGAAACACUUUUUUUAGGGUUUCAAACCAAAGUCUAUUUCAACGUGUCAAACUAAACCCUGUUUCAAAUUAUCACUCUGAGAAUAACGGUUCCAGACGUGUAUCACUUCACACUGGCAACUUUGUUCAUUUUGAAAAAUAUGAUUAUAUUAUUAUAUGUUUUUUGUGUCUUGACUGAUGAGGGCUCGGGAAAUAAGAGCGUCUUGUCUGCUAAAUUAACAAAACAAGGCUAUGCCACUGCACAGCUAUAGGCUUCUACAAGCAAGCGCCACUGCUGAGGUUAAUGCCUUUUUGAAGAUUGUGUUACACAAUAUAACCAGUUGAUAUUACGGUUUCAAUAAAUUAAUCUUAAAUGACUAUUGUUUUUUAUUGACUGAAUAUCUGAGGCAUUUUAGCAAUUAAGAUUUGUUAUGUGUAAUGGUUGUGAUAAUAUAGGCAUUGUUGUGCUCUGUUGGCAUGUACAUACUAUAAAUGCGCACACCCUAACUCUCAUGUUUCUAAAAAAUAUAUGUUUUCUCCAUUCCAAGUCAAAAAAAAUGUAAUGCUAGUACUCCCAACAGUCAAACGUCAAAAGCCCAUCGCUACCCCCAGUUAUAUCCGCGGGAAGGUUGGGUUUAGGGCAGGUUGAAUAAAGGGAAACCAAUGCAUUAAAAAUGCAUAAUUCUUGUGCAAUUCAUAUCUAUCAGCUAAAUUGAGGUUUUUCUUUCAUUAUUUGUAUGUCAUUAGUGCGUAAGCCUAAACUUCAGGGCCUGACUGUACAAGUGCCAAAUACACGCCAAUAGCCAAAUGCUUUUUGGAACUUGGGCAGGGAAGCUCAUCUGCCUGCUCGUCGUCCUCACCAGGGUCUUGACCUGACUGCAGUUCGGCGUCGUAACCAACUUCAGUGGGCAAAUGCUCACCUUCGAUGGCCACUGGCACGCUGGAGAAGUGUGCUCUUCACAGAUGAAUCCCGGUUUCAACUGUACCGGACAGAUGGCAGACAUCGUGUAUGGUGUCGUGUGGGUGAGCGGUUUGCUGAUGUCAACGUUGUGAACAGAGUGCCCCAUGGUGGCGGUGGGGUUAUGUUAUGGGCAGGCAUAAGCUACGGGCAACAAACACAAUUGCAUACUCACCAGACAUGUCACCCAUUGAGCAUGUUUGGGAUGCUCUGGAUCGACAUGUACGAAAGCAUGUUCCAGUUCCUGCCAAUAUCCAGCAACUUCGCACAGCCAUUGAAGAGGAGAGGGACAACAUUCCACAGGCCACAAUCAACAGCCUGAUCAACUCUAUGUAAAGGAGAUGUGUCGCGCUGCAUGAGGCAAAUGGUGGUCACACCAGAUACUGACUGGUAUUCUGAUCCACUCCCCUACUUUGUUUUUUAGGUGUCUGUGACCAACAGAUGCAUAUCUAUAUUCCCAGUCAUAUGAAAUCCAUAGAUUAGGGUCUAAUGAAUUUAUUCCAAUUGACUGUUUUUUUUAUUUUUAUAUGAACUGUAACUCAGUAAAGUCUUAAAUUGUUGCAUGUUGCAUUCAUAUUUAUGUUCAGUGUAUUAACUCCUGCAGAAUGAAGCAUUUUAUGGCAUUAAUGAUACACCAAAUGUACAUUUUGACUCCGGAACAAGAGUGGAGAAAUAUGAUUGAUUUAUUUCAGCAUCUUAAAGGUCAUGACAGUCAAAAUUAUGUUUUGGAUGAAACCAGAUAAAAGUAUGCUAACUAAAGUAUGAAAAAUUACUGUUGCUUCUACAUUGAUAAAGUUUGAUCAUAAAGUUACUGAGGUGGGAUUAUUAAGGGGAUAGGGUGACAUCACCCUAACUCAUUUUAAUACACCAAUGGUAACAUGACAUUCUCUUACCUAAUUUAAAUAAGUAGUACCGCCUUGUAACCAACAUCGGAGAAGGCGUAUUUGGGGAGGUGCGUAGUUUAUAUAGCUAGGUAGCUACUCUACUGGUGCCAAAAUGUGACUGUAGGGUGUCAGCAAAUAUAAUUAGAAGUUUACACUUUAUCUAUGGCAGAGAUACUUAUGUCUCCUCUUUCACCUGUGUCUGGUGUUAGCUAGUUACUGGCUAGCUAGGUCUUCAGCCAGCGUUGAACAAAGGGGGGGAAGGGUCGUUCAAAACUGGGACACAUCUGUCAGUGCUCCUGUGAACUGCAUCAUAAGAGACAUGCCAAACGGGAGAUGUAUAAAAGAAAAAGUGACAUCAUUGAUGCAAUUUCAAUGUUGUUUGAGUUGCUUUGUGUGUCACCAAAUUGAGAUGAUUUUACUGCAACACUGCUCAUUGCAUCCAAGUUUUUUGACAUAGGCGUUUCAAAGAGCUGUCAGUCAAGGCGAGCUUAUGAAUAUAAGCUUCCUGCUCACUCAGCCUGUCUUUUCAAACUUCCUUGUAGUUAGCCAUGAAAGAAAGUACUUUUUCUAAAUGUUAAGCAUUUUCUAUCCCCCCAAAAUAUUAUGGGUGAUAUUUUAGUCACUCGAAAGGAUAUUUUACAUGGGAAUCGGAAUGACUGUUCUGGACCUUUAAAAAAAAAUAUGAAUGCGUGAUUAGGGAACGUCUGUAAAGGUGCUAUCUUUAUCAGAAUCAUAAAAGCUGAUAGUAUUUCAACCACAAAGUAUGCAUGCAUCCAAGCCGAACUGAAAUCUUAUCAGAAACAUGUUGUUUUCACUGCUUAGAAUUUCCUUAAAACCGGUCAAACCGAUGUCAUUUGGAAAUUUUGCACAGUAAAUAUUUCCAGUUUUUUGGGGUUAUUGCAUUUCCUCCCCAGUCCCUCAAUGUUUUCUGCAGGAGAGAAGCAGAGAUUAUAAAAAUCAAAUUAAAUUUUAUUGGUUGCAUACACAUAUUUAGCAGAUGUUAUUGCGGGUCUAGCGAAAUGCUUGUGUUCCUAGAACUUUACCGAUGUCAAUUAUACUGAACAAAAAUAUAAACGCACCAUGCAACAAUUUCUAAGAUUUUGCUGCGUUACAGUUCAUAUAAGGAAAUCAGUCAAUUGAAAUAAAUUCAUUAGGCCCUAUUCACAUGACUGGGCAGGGGUGCAGACAUAGGUGGGCCUGGGAGGGCUUAGGCCCACCCACUUGGGAGCCAGGCCCACUCACAAUGAGAUUUUCCCUACAAAAGGGCUUUAUUACAGACAGGAAUACUCCUCAGCAUCUCAGCACCCGACGAUCCUGCAGGUGAAGAAGCCGGAUGUGGAGGUCCUAGGCUGGCGUGGUUACACACGGUUGAGAGGCUGGUUGGACCUACUGCCAAAUUCUCUAAAACGACGUUGGAGGCGGCUUAUUGUAGAGAAAUUAAAUUAUCUGGAAACAGCUCUGGUGGACAUUUCUGCAGUAAGCAUGUCUAUUGCAAGUUUCCUGAAAAUAUGAGACAUCUGUGGCAUUGUGUUGCGUGACAAAACGGCACAUUUUAGAAUGGCCUUUUAUUGUCCCCAGCACAAGGUGCACCUGUGUAAUGAUCAUGCUGUUUAAUCGGCUUCUUGAUAUACCAUACCUGUCAGUUGGAUGGAUUAUCUUGACAAAGGAUAAAAUCCUCACUAACAGGGAUGUAAACAAAUUUGUGCACAAAAUUUUAGAGAAAUAAGCUUUUUGGCGUAUGGAACAUUUAUGGGAUCUUUUAUUUCAGCUCAUGAAACAUUGGACCAGCACUUUAUAUUAUAUAUACUUAUAUUUUAUAUUAUAUAUACUUUAUACUUAUAUUUUUGUUCAGUGUAGAUUGAAGCAUUCAUCGAUUUAUGACAUUCUGGUGAGCAAGGGCUUAUUUAGUCUUCUAUGGCAGUAAUGACAGAAGAGAAGCUGCAUGUAUCUAAUUAUAGACAAGUUGACUAACAAAUAGCCUACCAAAAUGUUGGGAAUUAUAAGCAGGAACAUAUCUAGGCUUACAUUUUUUUAUUAAAUCUGCACCCCCUGUCAAAAAGAUUGUUCCACCUUCUCUGACGCAUUUUCUAUCAGCCUAUUUCCGGGUUAGGGUCUGGUGCGGGACUCAGAUUUUCACUAUCACAUAGUCAGGCGGUUGAGGAUGGGUUAUUAGCAAUUGCGGUCGUGUGAACAAACACGCAUCACUAACACACACACAUCACUAAGCAGGCACACACGCAGAACACGGAAUAUGAGGUACACAUACACACACACCUUCCCCACACACCUCUAACGCUUCCAUGUGUGUGUUUGUGCAGGUGCGCGAGCUGGGUGCUAUGGGGGUGAUGGCUGUAGAGGUUCCUGAGGAGCUGGGAGGAGCAGGUAUGGACUACCUGGCCUAUGCUCUGGCCGUGGAGGAGAUCAGUAGGGGCUGCGGCAGCACUGGAUGUGUGGUCUCGGUCAACAAUGUACGUAAGAGUGUGUGUAUUAGAAAAGUGUGUUUUAUGUUGUCGCUGUAUCUAGCACUGAUACUAAAGGUGUGUGUGUGUGUGUGUGUAGUCUUUGUACAUAGGGCCGAUAUUGAAGUUUGGAACACAGAAGCAGAAGGAACAGUGGAUAACUCCCUUCACGACCGGAGAGAAAGUUGGCUGCUUCGCUCUGAGUGAACCAGGUACACCACAGACGCACACAACACACACUGUGCCCCAGAGCCAUCCGUUCACUAUUACACUCCAACUCACUGUGUAGGUAAUGGUAGUGAUGCAGGGGCAGCGUCUACGUUAGCCAGACAGGAGGGAGAGGAGUGGGUGUUGAUUCUCUCUCUUUCUCUCCCACCUUCUCUGUGUAGGUAAUGGUAGUGAUGCAGGGGCAGCGUCUACGUUAGCCAGACAGGAGAGAGAGGAGUGGGUGUUGAUUCUCUCUCUUUCUCUCCCACCCUCUCUGUGUAGGUAAUGGUAGUGAUGCAGGGGCAGCGUCUACGUUAGCCAGACAGGAGAGAGAGGAGUGGGUGUUGAUUAUCUCUCUUUCUCUCCCACCCUCUCUGUGUAGGUAAUGGUAGUGAUGCAGGGGCAGCGUCUACGUUAGCCAGACAGGAGGGAGAGGAGUGGGUGUUGAUUCUCUCUCUUUCUCUCCCACCCUCUCUGUGUAGGUAAUGGUAGUGAUGCAGGGGCAGCGUCUACGUUAGCCAGACAGGAGGGAGAGGAGUGGGUGUUGAUUCUCUCUCUUUCUCUCCCACCCUCUCUGUGUAGGUAAUGGUAGUGAUGCAGGGGCAGCGUCUACGUUAGCCAGACAGGAGGGAGAGGAGUGGGUGUUGAACGGGACUAAAGCCUGGAUUACCAAUUGCUGGGAUGCCUCUGCUAGUGUCGUAUUCGCCACCACUGACAAGUCACUCAAACACAAGGUUAGAUACAUCAUUGUUGGAGUCGAGCCAUAGUUAAACCCCCUCGAUUCCUUCUCCAUCUCCCCCCUCCCUCUCUCUCACUCAUUCUCUCUCUCAGUAUUUUGAUAUUAUAAUACUUUAUCAAUGUAACUUAUACAUGCAAUUCAGUGUGUUCUCCCUCCCUCCGUAGGGUAUCAGUGCAUUCCUGGUGCCCAUGCCCCAUCCUGGCCUGUCCCUGGGGAAGAAGGAGGAUAAGCUGGGCAUCAGAGCAACCUCCACUGCCAACCUCAUCCUGGAGGACUGUAGGAUACCCCUGGGUAACAUGCUGGGGCCACGAGGAUCUGGCUUCAAGAUAGCAAUGGUUGGUUUAUAGGGGGGAGUGUGGUGUUGGUUGUGUGUGUGUGUGUGCAUAGUCCAUCUGAGUGAUAAUGUGCGUCUGUGCAUGUCCGUGUGUGUCUGUGUAUGUGUGUACCGACCCCCCCCUCUCUCUCUCUCCCAUAGCAAACCCUGGACAGUGGGCGUAUAGGUAUAGCAGCCCAGGCUCUGGGUAUUGCUCAGGCUGCUCUGGACUGUGCUGCGGACUACGCUCACAAACGCACCGCCUUCGGCGCUCCCAUUGGCAAGCUGCAGGCCGUACAGGUGCGUGUGUGUGUGUGUGUGUGUGUGUGUGUAAAUGUUAAGGUGUGUCUGUUAUAUUAAAGUGGAACUGACAGCGUUUUAACUAAUUUGCAGAUAUGAAACAGGCAAUCAUAAUAUCAGUCAAAAAUUCCCAGCUACAAAACCAACUUUAUAACAGGUUUUAAAAAUAGGUUCUAUUUGACUCAACAUUCCAUGAUGUACACUAAGGCAUUGUUGGCAGAAUAGAUGGAUGCAGUUCGAUGCAUGAUUAAUAUAAUUCAACAAUACAUUUCUUGGUAGUCCAAAAAAUAUUGCUAUCAGGUUGUAAAUCACAGCUGGCCUGGUACAUGGUUUGCUGCCUCUGUUCAGGGAUGCACUGUUUGUUUCAAUGACUCAAUGUUUUGGACAAAAAUUGACAAAUGUAACUAAGGCUGGGAAUGUGAAUACAAUCAAACUAACAAGGGCAAUGAUCACAAGUCAGUCAUAUAAUGUGGCUAAUAGGCUAGUGUAUCCAUUUAUGUAGCAAGCUAAAAACACGGAGCCUAACGUUAGCUAGCUAGCUGCUAGGAGGAUGUCAUGUUAUUGGAGAAGUGACUGACUUUUUCGCCCUCAUAUCGUUUUUCGGUGUCUAUACACAGCUAGAGAUGCAGGUGUCAUUUGGUUAGCUAGCAAGAACUUGAACAACUGUUAUCCAGUUAGCAUAUCUCUUGCGUUCGCAAAUUCACUAUGGCUAUAUACUUUGAUUUCAGAGCACUCUCGUCUGAGUGUGCCAGAGCGCAGAAUAACUGAUGAAUUUACGAACACGCAACAUCGGCUGAAAAUGACCGGUGUCAGUAAGCAUAGGCAAAAAAAGUAAUAGUUAGUCACGGAUGCUGUAGAUAACAUUUAAACAGCCUAACCAGCUCUGCUAGGGCGGGUAAAAUGGUCAGAGUGAGGUGUUCUCUCAUUUGUCUUGAAGUAGCAAGCUAGCCAACUUUAGCCAGUUAGCUUGGUUGCAGGCAAGCUGCAGAAGAACGAGCAGGCUACUAUUCCCCAUCGAUUAUAAGUAUAAUUUUGACAGCCAACUAGCUGAAACAGUUUGAGAGAGUUUAUCUAAUGUGCCUUCGUUAGAUUUUAGCUCAUCUUGCUCUGGCUAGCAUUAGUUGUUGAUCUUGUUGUUGUUGUUGAUGUGCAUAACUGAGGGAGAGAGAGUCUACUUUUUCAUGGUUGUUUGAUCAAAAGGACUCCAGUGAUAUUGACAUAUUUGCAUAAAUCAAUUCAGGUGUAUUUUGUGGCUUUUGGCGAAUGUGUUCUAAUGAUCUAAAGACGCGCUGUUGCUACUGCCUGUAAACACACAGUCCAGUGUCAUGUUCUUCCUGGGGGUGUAUAUGAACAGAUUUAAUAACAUUUCAUGUUGCUAAAAUGUUGUCAGUUCCACUUUAAGGGUGUGUAUCUCUAUGCUUCAGUUCAAACUGGCAGACAUGGCUGUAGCUGUUGAAAGCGCUCGUCUCCUCACCUGGAAGGCUGCAAUGCUAAAAGACACCAAGAAACCCUUCACCAAGGUACACACCCCACCAUACCACACACACACACACCAUCCUCUCUGUCAUAUUACAUAACGUUGUACUUCCUCCUUCCUGUCCCCACAGGAAGCAGCGAUGGCCAAACUAGCAGCCUCUGAGGCCGCUACCUUCUGCGGCCACCAGGUACGCAUCAGAGAGCCUGUCAUGUCCUUAUUUCUAGAACUAGUGCCUGAAUCAAUUAAUAAUCAAUACGGAAUUCUAAACCCUUAAAAAUGUUGACUUCAUUUUCUCUAUCUGUGGAACUAAAAGUCGAUCCAGGUUCUUGGGGGAAUGGGUUACGUGACAGACAUGCCAGCAGAGAGGCACUACCGCGACGCGCGGAUCACUGAGAUCUACGAAGGCACCAGUGAGAUCCAGAGACUAGUGAUAGCCGGCCAGCUGCUGAAGGAAUAUGCACCAUAGAGACUUGCGAUUUAGUCCCAAAUGGCCGUCUAUUCCCUACAUAGUGCACUACU